AAAAAAAACAGUAUACCCGCUGGGGGGAAGCUGAGGUUAUUGGCGCGCUUGAUACGAGCUGUUGUGCGCGAUUUACGUAACACCCGGUUGACGCGCUAUGAAGCUCGGCGAUUCGUCGCGAGAGGGUUGAAACCACCAGCCCCUAUCCCGUUGUGCUGGGGAUUGUUGUGUUUUUCUUGCGACUGCUGACUCGAGGAGAUACGAUGAAGAACGGCAAUCGCUCCGGACGAGGCUACGGUGCCGCGGCGCCACAAGAGGAGGAAUCUGCGGGUGACGACGACCGCGACCACUUACACACUGAUUCAAACGUCAUAGAGAAGAGGAAGAGUAGGGAUGGCGAGACGGGAUCAACAAAGCCCGGGGACACGGAUAGAUUCUCGUGGUGCUCAGAAUUUCGGAAGAUGCAGGAGCCCAAACUCGUGCAGGAUCCGCUUUUGCUCGUCAAGCUCAUUAAAUUUUUCAACAGAAACGUGAGCUCGAACGUCAACGAUUGCCUGCACAAAAAGCCAAACUUGGCGGCGAAAUCAAGGGACCUCGUUAAAGAGACGCUGCCGCUGUUCCUGUGCCAUUACCGCUGCGGGCCAAAGAUUCAGGGACGCACGCGUGCAGUCUACCUCGAACAAAUGUCGGACUUGCUGGCCAUGUACAUAGACCUGGAACUUUUGGCGUCAAAGAACGACUCGGCACCGCAGUUUGGCGAAAUUUCGUCGAGGAUCGUUACCUACCUCUGCAUCUACCUCGACAACUCGGAGGAACACUUGCUCGAGACCAUAAUAAAGGUCCAAUUGGUCAGCGAAAAGUACUCCCAAGUUCUGGACCCCGUGAUCUCGAAAGUCCUAAGGCUCGCGCGGGAGCACCCGGAGACGGGGUCGGAGUUCGCGCGCCAACUGCUCGUCUACCGGCUGUGGAGGCGGGUCCUCGGGGAUGCGGGAGCCAAGAAGCGGGUGAACACAACCGCGUUCGCAGCCCUGCGUGGCUGCCGGGGCUCGAGGCCCGAUAACUGGGACACGUACUUGCGGGAGCAGGUCCUGCCGAGGCCGAGGGGCACCGAGGAGCUGGGGGAGCCGGCCAAGUUCUGCCUCUGCCAGCAGUUCGACCUGCGCCAGGCGUGCACGCGGUUCCUCAGGUACUGCCGGCUGGGCCGGGGCAGCGACGCCGACGAGGCCGAGCUCCUCAAAGAGCUGAGGACGGGGCAGGACGGGCCGACCAUCACGACCAGUCGGCUGCUCGGCUUUGGCGACGAGGCCGAUGACCAGCACAGGGAUGUCGCGGAGAGAGAUCAUAGGCUGAAAAGUACGCUUACCCCCGAACCGAGUAAAAAUUUAGAGUCUGUAGAUCUUAAACACUUUUCUAAAACCAGCGAAACAAUAAAUCUCGCGGAUAUGCAAAACUCAUUGAAAGACGUCGCAUACAUUCCCCUUGUAAAUUCCAAAACGAACGGCCGUUGCGGCAGUAAGAGUAACGGUAGCAGCAAAAACGCGGGUGACAAGCAGCGCACGAAGAGCCUCGAGGACGUGGUCCUGAUCGAUUUGACGGACGACGGGGUGACGAAGAUCAUAAAACGGCCAAAGGCGAGCCGACAGCCGCGGGAGAGGAUGCCCUGGCUCGAGGCGCUCAGCCGCGUCAACGUGAAGAUGCGGGAGGCCGCGCUGAAGAAGGAACGCGAGGCCGUGGCCGCGGCGAUCAAGCUCGAGAAGCAGAGGUUCGCCGAGACCCUGAGGAGCUCCAAAUCCCUCGAGUGCGACAGCGACUCGGACCUCGAGUCCAACGUAUCCACCAGCUCCGUGGAGGACUGCGCGGAAAACCUCCGGCCCGACCACCGCGAGAACAGCGAAGAAACGCCACCUCAGAUUCAGAGGCUACACAAUGAAGCCAGUGCCUUGCGCAACGAGGACGAGACACUGUCUUUGGUGGCCGCGAGCACCAAGAGCUCCUCACCCGACACCGACACCGUCAAACCAAAUACAAAUAUCAUUAACGCCGUUAGCAGUACCAGUAGUAGUAAUAAUAAUCGCAACGAUGAUAGUAGUAGUAGUAGUAGUAGUAGUAGUAAAACGGUAUCGAGGAGGAGGAGGAGGACGAGCAGUAACGAUAGUAGUAGUAGUAAGUUAACAAAAGACGCGCCCGUCAAUUCCAAUGAAACAAAGACUGAUUAUAAUUAUUAUCACCCGAGCGAACAGAAAGUACAACAGGAAGAUGGGCUGGCGAUGGCCAAGAGUAGUAGCCAUCGCAGCCGCCACCUAUCGAGUAAUAAUAACCACAACAGUUACAAUGAAAGUCGAAGUAGCGCGCGAGACAAGUUAAAAGCCAGGGAAAAGUUGGCCAAUGGCGUGAAUACCGAGCCCCCGCUGGCCAAUGGUAUCGGUAGUGUGGGUAACGAGACGGAAAAGGAGCACCACCAGGACGCGGGUGGCAACGAGCUGGACGAGCUCGAUGGCCUGACGCUACUGGCCACCCUGUCGGCGCGGAUGUUCACCGGAAAGCGCGAGAAGCUCAAAGUCAAGCCGUACUCCAGCCUCGCCCAGCCAAGGGCCGACGAAGACACCGAGCAGGCAGCCAGCAACGAGUGCGUUCCACCUUUGGAGGGCAAACCCGAGGUCCUCGAGCCCCUCCCGUCCUACAUCCCCGAGGACCCGGCGCAAACCAACCUCGACUGCAACCCCGAGGGCGCGAGCGCCAUACUCAACGGCGAGACGGUCAUGCUCCUGCAGACGGCGCCCAACAGCAACUACUUCAUCAUCAACAAGGCCGGGGACCCCGGCAGCAAGCUCAUACCGACCGAGCAGUUGUCGAGCAUCAAGCACGAGCUCGACGUUAAGCCGGACCCCGACGCCCUCGAUCUCAAGCUAUCGAUCCUCGAUGAGGCCCCAAAGUCGGUCCUCCACUAUGCCCCGGCCGCCUACCCGGCCAUCAUCCACCACUCGUCGGCCGCGUGCACCUGCGCCAACUGCGCCUACUACGGGCCCCCGCCGGUCUACUACGCGCCGGCCCCUUCUCAGCCGCCAGUACAAACGAGCCCAGCCGUCCAGGAGCAAAAGAGGAGCGCCGGCAGGAAGACCGACUCGGAGCAGCCGGAGAUCGGUAGGAGCGAGGCGCCGACCGGCAGGUUCCAGAGCUUCGACAGCCAACUGCCCCUGAAGAAGAGACUGCGCGUCUCGAUGGACUUUAAUUGCGCCCCGGUUGACCACCCGGUUGGUCCUAUGAUGUCCAUAGCGGACGUCGCCUCGGAUAUCGGGGUGCCCCAGGACAUCGGGGCCAUGGUCGAGGUCAGCUCGGAAGAACAGCAGCAACAACAACGGCCCAAGAGUAGAGCCACCCGCAAGCAGGCGGACGGUAAGGGCUGCUCGCCCAGGAAGAUCGGUAAGACCGGCAAGAGGAGUGGCAAGCUUGUAGCUGACACCACCACCACCGUGACCGGGAAACGGGCCAAGCGGACCUCGAAGCGGGCCCUGCCGGUCGUCAAUUACGCCCAUCCCGAGGUCGAUCCCGAGUGGAAUCCGUCCGGCAAGCGAUGCAGGAGGAAGAAGACCGGCCGAUGA